UCUCCCAGCAUGCUCUAAAGCUGGUCUGACCUCAUCUCAAAUGGCCCCGUAGGGCAACAAGGAUGGUUAGUUUUGACCGUGCUUAUUUGUGCCAUAAAAUAUUGAUCCUAAUUGGCAGCUAUUUGGGCUUUUAUAUUUGCCGACCUCCCGUUUUUGAGCCGUGGUCACUAAAUGAAGAGGUUCUGGCCUGGGAAGGCCCAUGCAUUCCUUCAAUUGGAUGGGGAGCUGGGACAGUGUCUCUGGCGAUAGCGAGAAUAGGAGGGAAUGUUGACCAGGGAGCACCGCUGCGGCCGUUCAGAGGAGCAGGAACCGGAGCCCGGGUUGAGUCCGAAAAAAGCCGGAUCCAGACGGUGGCUCCGGAACGGCUGCAAUUGGAAGAUGGAGGAGCCGGAGGAACCGGCGGACAGUGGGCAGUCGCUGCCUCCAGUUUACAUCUACAGUCCCGAGUAUGUCAGCAUGUGCGACUCCCUGGCCAAAGUCCCCAAACGGGCCAGUAUGGUACAUUCUUUGAUUGAAGCAUAUGCACUGCAUAAGCAAAUGAGGAUAGUUAAGCCCAAAGUAGCCUCCAUGGAGGAGAUGGCCACCUUCCACACUGAUGCCUAUCUGCAGCAUCUCCAGAAGGUCAGCCAAGAAGGAGAUGACGAUCAUCCAGACUCCGUAGAAUAUGGGCUAGGUUAUGACUGCCCUGCCACGGAAGGGAUAUUUGACUACGCAGCAGCCGUAGGAGGGGCCACAAUCACAGCUGCGCAGUGCCUGAUUGACGGAACGUGCAAAGUAGCAAUUAACUGGUCUGGAGGGUGGCAUCAUGCAAAGAACCACACUGGCCUUUCAGCUUCUCAAAUAGGCCAAGGAAGUUCUUUCCUGCCUCAGAGCUUUUGCAAUGCUGUUCUCUCUGCCUGGAAGACUUCUCCAUCUCAGUAUGGAGAUGAAGCAUCUGGUUUUUGUUAUCUCAAUGAUGCUGUCCUGGGAAUAUUACGAUUGCGACGGAAAUUUGACCGUAUUCUCUAUGUGGAUUUGGAUCUGCACCAUGGAGAUGGUGUAGAAGAUGCCUUCAGUUUCACCUCCAAAGUCAUGACAGUGUCCCUGCACAAAUUCUCCCCGGGAUUUUUCCCAGGAACAGGUGACGUGUCUGAUGUUGGCCUAGGGAAGGGGCGGUACUACAGUGUAAAUGUGCCCAUUCAGGACGGCAUACAGGAUGAGAAGUAUUACCACAUCUGUGAAAGUGUACUAAAGGAGGUAUACAUAGCCUUUAAUCCCAAAGCAGUGGUCUUACAGCUGGGAGCUGAUACGAUUGCUGGGGAUCCCAUGUGCUCCUUUAACAUGACUCCAGUGGGAAUUGGCAAAUGUCUUAAGUACAUCCUUCAGUGGCAGUUGGCAACACUCAUUUUGGGAGGAGGAGGCUAUAACCUUGCCAACACGGCUCGAUGCUGGACAUACUUGACCGGGGUCAUCCUAGGGAAAACACUAUCCUCUGAGAUCCCAGAUCAUGAGUUCGGGAGAUCAGAAGUCUAAAAUGGGUCACAGGACUACAUUCCUUCUGGAGGUUCUAGGGAAGAAUCUGUUUCCUUGCCUUUUCCAGCUUCUGGAGGCCUCCUUCAUUCCUUGACUUGUGUCUCCUUCCUCCAUCUUCAAAGCACAUCACUCAAACCUCUGCUUCUGUCACCACAUCACCUCUCUGACUGUGUCUUUUCUGCUUUCUUAUUUCCCCUAUGAGGACACUUGUGAUUACAUUGAACUCACCCAUAUAAUCCAGGAUAAUCUCCCUAUCUCAAGAUACUUAACGAAUCACGUCUACCAGGUAGCAUAUUCACAAGUUCUAGAGAUUAGGAUUUGGACAUCUUUGAGAGCAUACAGACUAAAAACACACAUUGCCAAGAGUUUGUUCAAGGAUGUAUAACCUAACUCUGAAGCCACCACACACCCUGGGGGCAUAUAUAGAUCAAAAUGUUCUAAGGCAGCAUUAUUCAAUAAAACUUUCUCUGAUGAUAGAAAUGUCCUAUAUCUGGCAACCACUAGCCACAUGUGGUUACUGAGCACUUGAAAUGUGGCUAGUGAAACUGAGGAACUGAAUUUUUAUUUUAUUUCAGUUGAUUUAAACUUAAUAGUUAUAUGUGACUAGUGAUUCGACAGCACAAGUCUAGAGCUGGAGGGAAGGAAUAGCCAGUAAGGAAAAUUUUUUGUCUUAAGUAUUAGCCUCGAGUGGAAUUAAAAAUAAAAACAUAACUUCCUGAGGUUUUGUGGCCCCUGAGUUUGGAGUCUGAAUAUAUAUCAUGUGAAUAGUCCAAAAAGCCACAAGCCAAGAAUUUUAAUUUAAAGUGGACAUAAGUCUGAUACCUCAAGCACCAGGAAAAAUCAAAUGGAAAUCUUUCCUGGGAGAAAGCAGCCUUGCUUCCAGACCUCAUGGAAAUCCCCCAGAGAGUUCUGACAAGCACUACUUCACAAUCGAGUCACAAUUUACACAAGAAAACCAACUACCAAUGGGGAGAAAUCAACAGGGAAAAAAAUAAAACAAUCAGACCCACAAAGAUUUUAGAUAUUGAAAUUAUAUACAGAAUAUAAAAUACAUAUGUUAAAUACAUUUAAAGAAAUAAAAGAUUACAGAGCAAAGAGCAAGAGACAAAAAAGAAAAAUAACCAGCUAGGUUUGGAAAAAAAAAAAAAAAGAUAAAAUACCUAGAAAUGAAAAAUAUAAUUGACCUUAGAAACUUCAGUGAAGGGCGCCUGGGUGGCUCAGUUGGUUAAGCGACUGCCUUCGGCUCAGGUCAUGAUCCUGGAGUCCCUGGAUCGAGUCCCGCAUCGGGCUCCCUGCUCGGCAGGGAGUCUGCUUCUCCCUCAGACCCUCCCCCCUCUCAUGUGCUUUCUUUCUCAUUCUCUCUCUCUCAAAUAAAUAAAUAAAAUCUUUAAAAAAAAAAAGAAACUUCAGUGAAGGUUUACACAUCAGUUGAGAAAUUAGGAAACUGAAAAAUAGCUCUGAAAAAAAUCACAGAAUAUACACAGAGAUACAAAGAGAUGAAAAAUAUGAGUGAUUAAGAAAUACAGAAGGUAGAGCAAGAAGGUCCAACACAAAUUUCUUUAGAAUUCUAAAAAGAAAUAAUAGAAAGAGGGGAAGAAAUGUUCAGAUAAAUCAUAGCUGAAAAAUUUCCAGAAUUUUCAAAAAGCAACAAUCUGCAGAUUCAGAAAGCCUAAGAAAUUCCAGACAAGAUAAACAAAAAGAAAUUAAUAUUUACUUGCCUCAGAAUUGAACUGCAGAACACCAGAGACAAAGAUAAAAAUCUUAAAACAAGCUAGAAGGAAAAGACCAGUCAUGUACAAAAGAACAACAGUUAGACUAAUAGCAGCAAUGGAAGCCAGGUUAGAAUAUAAUGCUGAAAAUGCUUGAAGAAAAUAAUUUUUAUCUUAGAGUUAUAUAUUCUGUGAAACUAUUUUUGGAGGAUAAAGGCAACAUGAAAACAUUUUAAUAUUAAAAACUUUUGAAAGACGUUAUCACCAUUUGUUACUAAAUAAGGAAAAUUAUCCAAAAAGGAAGUUCUGAGAUAUAAGAUAUAAGAAGGAAUAUUAAAUAGAAAAAGUUAAACAUGUGAGUAAUAUUAGUAAUUUAUAAUUUGUGGGAUUAAAAGAAGACAAAAAACACAUGUUUAAAAGGCUUCACAAUAGCAAAUUAUGUUGUUGAAGAUGAGAAUCAAAGCAUUCUAAUUGUCCCCUUUCCAAAGAGGGUAAAAUAUCUUAACUCUAGAUUUUAUUGAAUUAAAGUAAACAUAUUUGAAUUUCAAGGGUAGCCACUAAAAGAAUAGAAAAAGAAUGAGUGUCUUUCAAACUAACAAAAGAGGGACUGAGGAAAAAAAGAGUCAGUUAAUUCAAAAGAGGGAAAAAAACACAGUAAAAGUGGAACCCAUGGCACAAAAUAAGGCAAUAUAAAUAUAAAUUUAAACAUAUAGUUCUUCCCUAAAAUACACUUUUGAAAAUUUAAAAACACAUUUUUAUAAAAACCUUUGGGUCAAAGAAGAAAUCUUAAUGGAAAUUAGAAAGUAUUUAGAAAUGAGCUUCUACAUUGCACCUAAAAUAGUGGUUAGAGGGAUGUUUAUAUCUGAAAUGCAUAUACUAAAAAAGAAGAAAGGCUGAAAAUUAAUGAGCAUUUAGACUUCAACUUAAGAAGUUAGAUAAUGAACAAUAGAAUAAAUCCAAAGAAAUCCAAAGACGUUAGAUAAUGAACAAUGAAUAAAUCCAAAGAAAGACAUAAAAGAAAAACGUAUUAAGAUAGAAAACAAUGUAGACAAGAUCAUCAAAACCAGGAAUUAGUUAUUUUAAAAGAUAAAUAAAUUGACAAACCUGAGGAAAUAUUGAUGAAGAAAAAAGAAAAAGAAAUAAGGUCCACUUAAACAUUGUUAGAAAAGGGUGACAUUCCUACAGAUGUAGUGGAUUAAAAUUUUAGUAAGAGAAUACUUUGAACCACUUCAUGUCAAAAUUUUAAAAGUGUAGACCAAAUGAACAAAUAACUAGAAAAAGGUAACUACCAAAACUGAUUCAAAAAGAAAUAGAAAACAUGAGUAGUUACAUAACCAUUAAAUAAAUUCAGUCAGUAAUCAAAAUAUUCCCAGGAGAACCACUAAGUCUAGAUGGUUUUGCCAAAUAUUCAAAAAAGAAUUAAUUCCAAUAUUAUGAAAAUUGUUCCAAAGAGUACGAAAAAAAAAGAACAUUUCCAGGCUCAUUCUGUGAGACCAAUUUAACCUUAAUACCAAAACCACACAAGGGUAGUAUUGGGAGUGUGCCUGACUUGUUGGAUGAAGAGCAAGAAGAGCAGUGUGUCUGGAUUUGAGUGAAUGAGAGGAAGAGUAGUAGAUGAUGAGGUCAGAGAUUUAACAGGGAGCCAGAAAUGUAAGGCCAUGUAGAUUACCUUAAGAACUUUCGUUUUUACUCUGCUAGUCCCUGGUUGAACAGGGGGCAAAAAAUAUAAACAACCUAAACUGUGAAAGCAGCCUCCAAAUCACAAAGCUCCAAUGAUUAAGGUUAAAAAACUAACUAGUUUUGGAGGCUUAAGCACAACCUUGACAAUAAGUGGCUUGUGCCAACCCAGGGUAGUCAGGCUAAAAGAUAAAAACAAGGGAGAAAGGGGCACCUGGAUGGCUCAGUCAGUUAAGCAUCUGCCUUCGGCUCAGGUCAUGGUCCCAGCGUCCUGGGAUCAAGCCCCACAUUGGGCUCCCUGCUCAGUGGGGAGCCUGCUUUCUCCUCUCCCUCUGCCUGCUGCUCCCCUUGCUCCCCUGCUUGUGCUUUCUCUCUCUCUCUCUCUCUGACAAAUGAAUAGAUAAAAUCUUUUAAAAAAAACAAGGGAGAAAAUCUGAGCAGAAACAUCAGAAGCUUCACACUUCAGGGAGGAUAAAUUUCACAAAGUUCUUUCAAGUCAUUAAACAAAUAACCAAGUAAUUAAGCACCACUCCUGGGAUGAGGUGGGGAAUCAGCAUCCUAGAGUUCCUACCAUAUAUUAUCUCAAAUGUCCAGGUUUCAGCAAAAAAUUACAAGACAUGAGAAAAAAAAAAAAACAGGAAAGUGUGACCCAUACACAGAGAAAAAAAAGAGAAGCACUAAAAACAGUCUUUGAAGAGGCUCAGAUAGUAAACUUAGCAAAGAUUUCAAAGCAGUUCUUAUAAGUAUGUUCAAAGCAUUAAACAUAACCAUGCUUAAAGAAGUAAAGGGAGGUAUGAUGGCAAUGUUUCAACAAAUAUAGAUUAUCAAUAAAGAGAUGGAAAUUAUAAAAAAGAAAGGGAUAUUCUGGUGUUGAACUGUACAAUAACAAAUGAAAAUUUGGGCGCCUGGGUGGCUCAGUCGUUAAGCGUCUGCCUUCGGCUCAGGCCAUGGUCCCAGGGUCCUGGGAUCGAGCCCCGCAUCGGGCUCCUUGCUCUGCGGGAAGCCUGCUCUCCCUCUCCUGCUCCCCCUGCUUGUGUUCCUCCUCUCGCUGUAUCUCUCUCUGUCAAAUAAAUAAAAUCUUUAAAAAAAAAAAUGAAAAUUUGCUAGAAGAAGGUCUACGGUAGAUUUGAGUCGGCAGAAGAAAGAAUCAGUGAACUUGAAGAUAUAUCGAUAGAAAUUAUGCAAUCUGAAGAACAGAGAGAAAAAAAUGAAGAAAGAUGAACAGAGCCUCAAAGAAAUGUGGGAUAUAACUGAGUGCAUCAACAUAUGCAUAAUGGUAGUAUUAGAAAGAGAGGAGAGUGCAAAAAAGACAGAAAAAGAUAUUCAAAGAAAUAAUUGCUGAAAACCUCUCAAAUUUAAUGAAAAACAUCAAUCUAUAUGCCCAAGAAACUCAAAUAAUUCUAAGUAAAGCCAAAGAGAUCAUACCCAGAGCCAUCACAGUAAAAUGUUGAAAGACAAAGAGAAUCAUAAAAGCAGGAAUAGAAAAAAAGACUCAUUACAUGCAAGGGAACCCCAGUAAGAUUAAUAACUGACUUCCUAUAAGAAACAAUGGAGGCAAGAAGGCAGUAGGAUGGUAUAGUCAAACCACUGAAAGUUUUUCAAAAAGCACCAAGAAUUAUAUAUUGAGCAAUAAUGAAAGUGAAAUAAAGACAUUCCCAAAUUAAAAAAAAAAAAAAAAAAAAAAAAAA